AUGCACCGCCUUUCCAUUAUAACAGUCGUCUCCUGUGGGUCUCUUCCCUCUAUUUCCAAUAGAUCACCUGGUACUCCAACAAGUACAACAUUUGGAGGGACAGGGACGUACAGCUGUAAUACUGGUUACGUACUGUCAGGAUCAGCUACAGUGAACUGUGAGGCUAGCGGAGGUUGGAGUACUAGACCAACUUGUGAAAUCGUCUCCUGUGGGUCUCUUCCCUCUAUUUCCAAUGGGUCACCUGAUACUCCAACAAGUACAACAUUUGGAGGGACAAGGACGUACAGUUGUAAUACUGGUUACAUACUGUCAGGAUCAGCUACAGUGAACUGUGAGGCUAGCGGAGGUUGGAGUACUAGACCAACUUGUGAAAUCGUCUCCUGUGGGUCUCUUCCUUCUAUUUCCAAUGGGUCACCUGAUACACCAACAAGUACAACAUUUGGAGGGACAGGGACGUACAGCUGUAAUACUGGUUACGUACUGUCAGGAUCAGCUACAGUGAACUGUGAGGCUAGCGGAGGUUGGAGUACUAGACCAACUUGUGAUGUCAUCUCCUGUGGGCCCCUUCCCUUUAUUUCCAAUGGGUCACCUGAUACACCAACAAGUACAUCAUUUGGAGGGACAGGGACGUACAGCUGUAAUACUGGUUACGUACUGUCAGGAUCAGCUACAGUGAACUGUGAGGGUAGCGGAGGUUGGAGUACUAGACCAACUUGUGAAAUCGUCUCCUGUGGGUCUCUUCCUUCUAUUUCCAAUGGGUCACCUGAUACUCCAACAAGUACAUCAUUUGGACGGACAGGGACGUACAGCUGUAAUACUGGUUACGUACUGUCAGGAUCAGCUACAGUGACCUGUGAGGCUAGCGGAGGUUGGAGUACUAGACCAACUUGUGAAGUCAUCUCCUGUGGGCCCCUUCCCUCUAUUUCCAAUGGGUCACCUGAUAUACCAACAAGUACAACAUUUGGAGGGACAGGGACGUACAGCUGUAAUACUGGUUACGUACUGUUAAGUUCAGCUACAGUCAACUGUGAGGGUAGCGGAGGUUGGAGUACUAGACCGUCUUGUGAUGUCAUCUCCUGUGGGCCCCUUCCCUCUAUUUUCAAUGGGUCACCUGGUACACCAACAAGUACAAAAUUUAGAGGGACAGGGACGUACAGCUGUAAUACUGGUUAUGUACUGUCAGGAUCAGCUACAGUGACCUGUGAGGCUAGCGGAGGUUGGAGUACUAGACCGUCUUGUGAUGUCAUCUCCUGUGGGCCCCUUCCCUCUAUUUCCAAUGGGUCAACUGAUACACCAACAAGUACAACAUUUAGAGGGACAGGGACGUACAGCUGUAAUACUGGUUACGUACUGUCAGGAUCAGCUACAGUGAACUGUGAGGUUAGCGGAGGUUGGAGUACUAGACCGACUUGUGAAGUCAUUUCCUGUGGGCCCCUUCCCUCUAUUUCCAAUGGGUCACCUGAUACACCAACAAAGACAACAUUUGGAGGGACAGGGACGUACAGCUGUAAUACUGGUUACGUACUGUCAGGAUCAGCUACAGUAACCUGUGAGGCUAGCGGAGGUUGGAGUACUAGACCAACUUGUGAAAUCGUCUCCUGUGGGUCUCUUCCCUCUAUUUCGAAUGGAUCACCUGAUACACCAACAAGUACAACAUUUGGAGGAACAGGGACGUACAGCUGUAAUACUGGUUACGUACUGUCAGGAUCUGCUACAGUGACCUGUGAGGCUAGCGGAGGUUGGAGUACUAGACCAACUUGUGAAAUUGUCUCCUGUGGGUCUCUUCCCUCUAUUUCCAAUGGGUCACCUGAUACACCAACAAGUACAACAUUUGGAGGAACAGGGACGUACAGCUGUAAUACUGGUUACGUACUGUCAGGAUCAGCUACAGUGAACUGUGAGGGUAGCGGAAGUUGGAAUACUAGACCGACUUACCCACCUGUCUCCUGUGGUGACCCUCCGACCAUUCCCAAUGGGUCUAGGACUUUCACCGGCACUACAUAUGGGGAUAUGGCACCCUAUACACCUGUAACACAGGGUACCAAUUAUCAGGAUCAGCUACAGUGUUAUGCCUGGCUAGUGGAAAUUGGGAUACUCUAUCAACCUGCUUCCAUUUGUAGUUCCCCUCCUUCUAUCUCAAAUGGAUCUCCUGGCACACCCACUAGUAUCAUACAAGGAGGGACUGUGGUGUACAGCUGUAACUCUGGCUAUCAACUGUUGGGAUCAGCUACUGUUGUCUGUCAAGAUAGCGGAAAUUGGAGCCCAAGGCCAACUUGUUUAACUUCUCAGCCUGGCUCCUGCGACAAUCCUCCAACAAUUCCCAAUGGGUCCAGAACUUUCGUUGGUACAUCAUUUGGAGAUGCCGCAUUUUACAGCUGUAACAUUGGUUAUCAACUGGCAGAAUCAUCCAUAGUGACCUGUCAGGCUGAUGCAUGGAAGUUGGAGUACUGUACCAACUUGUAAAGGUCUUAUAAUUCAACUCCGUUUUGGUGGUAUACGUGAUUGCAGUCAGUACACUGCCUCUGAAAUGGCUCAGAAAACUGAUGACAUCACUGCCACACUUGUACAAGGUGUCAUUGCUUCUUGUAAUUGUCGUUUAAACUCAACUUUCUUGUUUAACGCGUUUCUGAAAUGCUUUGCUGAUUCUCCACAACAUGUGACAUACAGGGCGACAUUGUUGAGCUCAAGUGAUCUGUUCACAUCGGAAGUGCUUGAGUAUAUAGAGAAAUGGAUUCAUUCCACUCUAAUUGUGAUUAUUCAGAAUCUUGAUCUCAACCUCAAUUCAACUUGUCCAACAGUUAUUGUUGACUUCAAUAGCUUGGAGUGCCCAGUACAAGUUGAUAUGGAAAACACUGCUGUAAUUGUGGGCUCUGUGAUAGCUACAUGUAUUAUCAUUUUUGUGAUGUUUGUAUUUUUAGCUGUUGUGAUAGCCACCAAGAAACAUCGAAACAAAAUUCCUAUCGCUCAGAACUCUUUUAAAGGGACAAGUAUCAGGAAUGUGAACAGCGAAGAAACAAACAUAAGCAAUUUUCCUCUCAACAAACAAAGUGCCAGAGGCAACUGCGGAUCCGGAGUAUGACGACGUAGGACUCCCUAUGGUGAAGAGUGGGAGCAAACAGUACAGUUUUGACGUGGGUCCUUGUCCUGUGUACGGGGGCACACUCUGAGGACGCCUCAGGAAACAAGAAUGUACUAAGACUAUAAAAACAACAAAUUGUGUACCUGCAUUAAUUAUAGCUGACUGUAGAAUGAUGCACUAUAGGUCUUAUAACUAUAGUGUUAUAAAGUUACGUAUAGUUAUCAUUGUUUAGUUUUGUUGCGUUUAUUGUCAGGGGCGGAUCCAGGGGUGAUUUUGAGGGGCUGAAGCCCCCCCCUUUUGAAAAAACUACCUAUGUAUUGCUGAGGUUACAACAAUUUUGCCACCAACCUUGUUACUUAUGCAUCUGCAUGUAGACUCACUGACUUAAGAGAUGCUAGACAACAGCCAAGUCUAGCUACUAAGAGUAUAAAGGAUGUAGGAUAGCUAGCUGGACAUACUAGCUAUAUAUAGCUAGCUAGCUAGCUAGCUAGAACUAAUAUAAAAGUGCAUAGGUCAACUAUUGCUGUUGCUGAGUCAGCUCCUUGUGCAUUGUUUGUAGCCUCGAUCAUAUCCCAGGCCUCUCUUCCUAGGCCUUGUGAAGGAGGCUAUUGUGCAUGCUGUUGAGCAGCUGCAACAUGGAGCAGAUCUCAGACUUUUCAGCUGGUUGCAAGGAAGCAGCCUUACCUCCUCUCACUCUCAGUGCAGUCUGGGUAGGCAUUGUGAUUCUUUCAUGUACCAAGAGUGCAUGAAUGUAGAUGUAACAUCUACAGUAUACAUCCUUUUGUUGAUUAGAACGAGUUUUUUGUAUUAACUUUUUCAUAUUCAGUAUUCACUUAUUAAUAUGACAGUUCAAAGGUAAAAGUGUGAGCAAAUUGUAAAAAAGCAAAAAAUUUCGCCUCCGGCGAGGCAGGAGG